CAGGCUGCAUCCACCUCGGCCGGGGUGUCGUCAUUGGCUGCCUAUUAGAAAAACGACAGGACAAUGCAUACCACCGAAGGCCGACUGUAAACAUAGGAGAUAUGUGUUCACUUAGCAUGGACUUCUGGGAGGGGCUAAGGAAGGGCGGUCUGGAGUUUUAUUGAAUAGAGCAGUGUGUAUUAGGCUGCCUGCCUGCCUGCCCUCUUGCUGUGCUCCUGCUUAAAGAAAUCAGUCCUUCCUUUCUGACUUAGUCCCGGGGACGAAGUUACAGCCUACGAGGUAUCAGUAAAACAUUCCAAGAUCAUCUGGUUGGAUCCUGCAGGGAUUGCUGAUCAACCAGAAGGCUCAGAAGUGGACAUCUGACUCCUUACCUAUCCAGACAUUAUCUGGUCUCCUGAAUCCUGAAACCACACCAUGGAUGAUUUUGAACGUCGCAGAGAACUUAGGAGGCAAAAGAGGGAAGAGAUGCGCCUCGAAGCAGAAAGAAUCGCCUACCAGAGGAACGACGAUGAUGAGGAAGAGGCCGCCCGGGAACGGCGCCGCCGCGCCCGGCAGGAAAGGCUGCGGCAGAAGCAGGAGGAAGAAUCCUUGGGGCAGGUGACGGACCAGGUGGAGGUUAAUGCCCAGAACAGUGUGCCUGACGAGGAGGUCAAGACAACCACCACGAACACUCAGGUGGAAGGCGAUGAUGAGGCUGCAUUCCUGGAGCGCCUGGCUCGGCGGGAGGAGAGACGCCAAAAACGCCUUCAGGAAGCGCUGGAGAGGCAGAAGGAGUUCGACCCAACAAUAACAGAUGCAAGUUUGUCGCCACCAAGCAGAAGAAUGCAAAACAACACCGGGGAAAAUGAAACUGCAGAGAAGGAAGAGAAAAGUGAAAGUCGCCGAGAAAGAUAUGAGAUAGAGGAAACUGAAACAGUCACAAAGUCCUACCAGAGGAAUGAUUGGAGGGAUGCUGAAGAAAAAAAGAAAGAAGAAAAAGAAAAGGAGGAAGAAGAAGAAGAGAAGCCAAAGCAAGGGAGCAUUGAAGAAAAUCAGGUAGAGGUGAUGGUAGAAGAGAAAACAACAGAAACCCAAGAGGAAACAGUGAUCAAAGAUGAGAAGUUUAAAAAGGACAAAGAGCGCAAAGAAGAAGUUAAGAGCUUCUUGGAUGGAAAGAAGGGAUUUACAGAAGUGAAGUCACAGAAUGGGGAAUUCAUGACCCACAAACUUAAACACACCGAGAAUGCUUUCAGCCGCCCAGGAGCGAAGGCGGGUGAGGCCAAGGAGGCUGAAGGCGGUUCCCAAGUGGAAGCCGGCAAGCGCCUGGAGGAGCUUCGCCGCCGCCGCGGGGAAACCGAGAGCGAAGAGUUCGAGAAGCUCAAACAGAAGCAGCAGGAGGCCGCCUUGGAGCUGGAAGAGCUGAAGAAAAAGAGGGAGGAGCGAAGAAAGGUUCUGGAGGAGGAAGAGCAGAGGAGGAAGCAGGAGGAAGCAGAGCGAAAAGUCAGAGAGGAGGAAGAGAAGAGGAGGCUAAAGGAAGAGAUUGAAAGGCGAAGGGCAGAAGCUGCUGAGAAACGUCAGAAGAUGCCAGAAGAUAGCCUAUCAGAGGACAAGAAGCCGUUCAAAUGUUUCACUCCCAAAGGUUCAUCUCUCAAGAUAGAAGAGCGAGCAGAAUUUUUGAAUAAGUCUGUGCAGAAAAGCAGUGGUGUCAAAUCAACUCAUCAAGCAGCAGUGGUCUCCAAAAUUGACAGCAGACUGGAGCAAUACACCAGUGCAAUUGAGGGAACAAAAACUGCAAAACCUACGAAGCCUGCAGCCUCGGAUCUUCCUGUCCCUGCCGAAGGUGUGCGCAAUAUCAAGAGCAUGUGGGAGAAGGGGAAUGUGUUCUCACCCCCUGCUGCUUCAGGCACACCAAAUAAGGAAACUGCUGGCUUGAAGGUGGGAGUUUCCAGCCGCAUCAAUGAAUGGCUGACCAAAACCCCAGAUGGAAACAAAUCACCUGCUCCCAAACCUUCUGAUUUGAGGCCAGGAGACGUAUCUGGCAAGCGGAACCUCUGGGAAAAGCAAUCUGUGGAUAAGGUCACUUCCCCCACUAAGCAGGUUUGAGAUGGUUCAAGAAAGAAUCCAAAGGAGCCGCUCAAGAUGCUGGACCAGCUCACCGAAGGGGGCUAAUUUGCUCUGUUUUAUAUUUAUGUUGAUUUACUAAAUUGAGUUCAUUUCCUUUUGUUUUAUUUUUCAUUAUCCCAGUAAACCUAUGUAUAUUAUCACUAUAUUUAAUAAUCACAGUCUAGAGAUGUUCAUGGUAAAAGUACUGCCUUUGCACAGGAGCCUGUUUCUAAAGAAACCCAUGCUGUGAAAUAGAGACUUUUCUACUGAUCAUCAAAACUCUGUGUCUGAACGGUGAUACCAGCCAUAUUGGAAGUCAACAAAAGGAGAUUCAAGUUGAAAAUUGCCUGAGGAAUGUGUGCAGUAUCCAGAAAAACAAACCAUCGUGGGUUUUUUUAAAUACAGAAGUCAUGUUGUUUCUGCACUUUAGAAUAAAGCAUGGAAGAAACUAUCUUCGUAGGCAAUUGUAACACUUUCUGAAAGUAAUCCAUUUCAGAUGAGAUACUGCAAUAAUGAUUGUCUUAAAAAAAAUAUGUACUGUUAAGGUAUUACUUUUUUCAUGCUGAUGAAUAUCUAAAUUGGAUUAUGAUGUUAGCUGACAGUGGUAGUGCGUUCUUUAGGUUGGUUGCUUUGUGGAUUUCUUUGGUAGUGAUAGUGAACCACAUUUUAGAUGACCUGAUCAUGUAUGUAUGUGCAUACACGUAUACAAACACACGAAUGGUAGAAAGCUUUUUUAUGUGCUAGACUAUUAUAUUUAGCAAUAUGACGUUGUAACUAGCCAAUAUCACAGCUUUUUAAAAAUUAAAGAUCACAAUAUUAUAUUAAUAUUUCAUAUUUGCCAAUAGAGACAUGGCAGAAUAGGUAUCGAUAUGUUUCCAAUGCCCGAUAGAUAACCUGUAAGAAAAAAGAGAGAUUAGUUGCGUCAAAAUGAGUUGACAUUUUCUAUAAAACAUAGUAUUUAGUUUAUAAUUAAAGGCAAUCUUGAAGUCCAGCAUGAAUUUUACUAAAUCUACCGUCUAUCUGGGUCAAACCGAAAGCUUGCUCAAAACUUUAUUCUUAACAAUCAAGUUCACAGUAGGCUGGCUUAGAUUAUAUCUGAGAUCUUUUCCUUCUCUAAAAUUUAAAGACAAGAAUUUUAGUGACAAGACUGUACAGAUUGGAAUUCCAUGUAUGGGUAUACAAAGACCAACUUUGGCUAAUGUCUGGAAGCAGAGAAAAGUGAGCAAAAUCCAGUAUCUAGGAGUCAUGACAAUACUUCCCUCUUUGAUAUACUGAAACAUUUUUUAAAUUAAACUUUUCUACUUUCAUUAGUCAUUGAUACUUGUCAUAAGUUGAUAAUGUGUUGAACUUUCAAAAAAUAUAUGUAACUUUUACUAGUUUUACUUUUUCUGCCGAGAGUCUUUAUCGACUCCUCAUUUUUACACACACAAGCCAAAUACCAGAUCUUAUUUUAGCUUCUAAGUGUUCAUCUAUUCUUCACAAUAGAUGAUAAGAAUGUUCCAGUGUCUUGGCAAUGUGUUCUAGCAUAGAGAUAUACAUAGAGUGUAGUUAUAUAAACUUAUACCUCAUUUGACUUAACCAAAAUUGUCUUACUCUCAAUUCCUACCACAAUGAGAGAGCCUUCUAAAUGACUAUUUUCUAAUCUACAGUAUUCCCCUGGAAGAGCUAGUCAGGGCAGGGCUGGCCUGAGGAGUGACCACUGCCUUCCAAAGUCUAUUUUCCUCAUAAAUCAUUAAAGAGUAGUUGAAUUCUCUAGCUUUUAGCACACUUGGGCCAAAGGAAGGAAAGCCGCCAAGAUUGCACAAGUCAUCCACCCAUGACAGAGUAGACAUGAGUCUAUGAUAAGGUGAACUAGAAUUCAUAUGCAGUGCCCCAUUUCACAUCGACUCACAUCAUUGAAGUGAAAUGGAUCGAAGUUUGAAUUAAGGCCUAUGGCGAGGUAACAUUGCUUUGUUGUGCUUUUGAAUAAGAGCUUCUCCUGAUCACUAUUAUAUAUUUUUUCUAGAAAGUCUAAAGUUAAGAGAAUAUAUCAAUCCUGGCUUUUAUUCCAAUAUUUGGAUGGAAUAAGUUUUAGGGUAGAAUUUUGUUCAGUUUGGAUUUAAUCUUUUGAAAAAUAAAUUCCUUGUUUACUUGUUUGAUUACAAUUUUCUUUCUUAUCUUUAAGAGGUAAAACUGCAAGGUGACUAGCAUGUUCUGUGAAUCUGCCAUUCCUAAAAAUUUUAUAAACACUUGAUAUUUUUCACUGAUAAUUGAUUGCUGCAAUAAAUAUAUAUUGUGAAAAUGCAUCCACAAUAAAUGGAAUUCCUCCAAA